CCUCUGCCGCUUCCGUGCACGCUGAUAGCAGCAGGCAGCAGGAGCAGCAGCAGUAAAGAUGGAGAGAGACUCUACGGUCCGCAGAAUCAGAGCCCAACAGAAGCAGCAGAAGCAGCCGGACUGUGGCGAGGAGGCGGCCGCGCUGAACGGGCUCCGGAGGCGCAAACACAAACCGGAAGUGAGCGCUGGGCUGCUGGGCGAGAGUUCCGCUGUGCUGCUGCUGCUCGGGUUCGUGUGUUUGCUGUGGCUUCUGGUUCUGCUCUCACUGCAGCAGCUCAUCAUCAGCAGCCCGGGACUCUUCAACGCGCUCCGGGCCAGGAAGCAUUUGGAGCGGAUCACGAGCGUCGGGCCGCGGACCGUCGGAAGUCCAGAGAACGAGAUCACGACGGUGAACUACCUGCUGGAUCAGAUCGAGCAGAUCCGGACUGAGAGCAAGACCGGUCCUCACUCCAUCACCGUGGACGUCCAGCGGCCCACUGGAUCCUUCAGCAUCGACUUUCUGGGUGGCUUCACCAGCUAUUAUGACCGCGUGACCAACAUCGCGGUCAAACUAGAGCCCAAAACUACGGCGCAGCACUUCAUGCUCGCAAACUGCCACUUUGACUCAGUGGCAAACAGUCUGGGAGCCAGCGAUGACGCCGUCAGCUGCUCGGUGAUGUUGGAGGUUUUACAUUCUCUGGCGAAUCUCUCCACGCCGCUCAAACACGGCAUCAUCUUCCUGUUUAACGGAGCCGAGGAGAACAUCCUGCAGGCCAGUCACGGCUUCAUUACCCAGCAUCCCUGGGCUCAGCAGGUGCGAGCGUUUGUGAACCUGGAGGCGGCAGGAGCUCAACACCUGCAGCACAUCUUCACUAUGUGAGUGUGAGUGAAUGAUUGUGUCUCAGGUCCGGAGAACCCGUGGCUGGUCCAGGCGUACGUCCGAGCCGCUGUCCAUCCGUUUGCAUCAGUGGUCGGUCAGGAGGUUUUCCAGAGCGGCGUCAUUCCCUCAGAUACAGACUUCCGCAUCUACAGGGACUUCGGCAAAAUUCCUGGGAUUGAUCUGGCGUUUAUAGAGAACGGGUUCAUCUAUCACACUAAAUAUGACACUCCGGAGCGGAUCCACACCGACUCCAUCCAGAGAGCAGGUGACAACAUCCUGUCUGUGCUCAAACACCUGGUGAUGUCAGAUGAGCUGGCGGACUCGUCAGCGUAUCGUCAUGGUAACAUGGUGUUCUUUGAUCUGUUGGGCGUUACCGUGGUUGCGUAUCCCGCACGCGUCGGCACCAUCAUCAACUACAUGGCUGCCGUCGCCACGGUGAUCUACCUGGGCAAGAAGUGCAUGUUAACUAGCAAUGCGGGCGGCCGCUACAUGCGUGAUCUGGCGUGUGCGGCGUGUGUGGCUGUGUUGAGCUGGUUCGUGGCUCUGCUGACGGUUCUGAUCGUGGCUCUGCUGGUCACGCUCGCGGGACGCUCCAUGUUCUGGUACAGUCACUUCUACGCCGCCGUCUGUCUGUACGGAUCCGCCGCCGUCGGGAAGAUCCUGCUGAUCCACACGCUGGCCAAGAACCUGUACUACGGGGGUGUGAGCGGCGUGGAUCUGUCGGAGCGCUUCUUUGACGUCAGUCUGCUGUUGUGGUGUUGUGCGCUGCUCUUCCUCACUCAGCGCGGCUUGUGUUCGGCGUAUGUGCCCAUGAUGAUGGUCGUCUUCCCUCUCGCCAGCAAACUGCUGCUCACAAAACACUUCAGAGCCAGAGGAGCGUCUCUGCAGUACUCCGUCCUGUACCUGACGGGUCUCGCCGUGCCGUACGUCCACAUCAUGUUCCUCAUCUGGGUGGUGUUUGAGAUCUUCACACCCAUCCUGGGCCGCAGCGGAACCGAGAUCCCGCCAGACAUCGUCCUGGCAUCACUCAUUACCCUGGCAACCGUCAUUCUGUCUUCAUAUUUUAUGCAUUUCAUCUAUCUGACCUGCAGUACGAGGCGGAUCUUGGCUGGUCUGGGAUCAGUGUUUGUGCUGAUGUUUGUUCUGGUCUGCUGUGGUCUGUUCUUCCCGUAUUCUGCUGACCCGUCCAGCCCGCGACCCAAACGCAUCUUUGUCCAGCACAGCACACGCAUGUUGCACGCUCUGGACGGGACGGUGGAGCGCUCUGACUCCGGGUUAUGGAUCAACAGUCUGGACUACAGCGGCAUGCAGCACAUCACGCCUCACAUCCCGCAGAUCAACGACAGCAUCCGCUCGCACUGCUCCGAGCAGCUGCCCUACUGCGGCUUCCCAUGGUUCCUGCCGGUCAAAUCCCUGGUCAAGAAGAACUGGUAUCUUCCUGCUCCUGAAGUCUCUCCUGAAGCUCCGCUGCAGUUCCGGCUCUUAUCCAGACAGGACACUGAAUGGGGAACCGUUAAAAUGAGCUUCGAGGCCAAAGGUCCGAGUCACAUGUCUCUGUAUCUGCGUCCUCACGCCGGCGCGUCUCUGAUGGGCUGGUCAUUCGGUGACGGGACGCCGCGGUUCGACCUGAGUGGAGAGUAUUUCGUCUUCUACUCUCACGGCCUCGACGCUCCGGCCUGGAGCUUCUGGCUUGAGAUCCAGCUGCACGAAUCCUCAGACGUGCCUCCUGACGAGGGGCUGAUCUCUCUGGCCGUCUCGUCUCAUUACUUCUUCGGUCCGGACCGGCGCUCGGAGCAGCUGGAGUCUUUGCUGAAGAGAUUCCCGGCCUGGGCCUUUCCAUCGUCCUGGGUCAGCACCUAUCACAUGUACAGAUACUGAGGGACACGAGCGGACCCCCAUCACUCACUCACUCACUCACACACACACUCACAUGCUCACACACGCUCACACACACACACUCACACUCACACACACACACACACACACACACACACUCACACCCAUAAACUCCACACCGGCUCCAUCAUUCACAACAACCAACUGACAGUGUUUCGUUUAUUUUAUUUUAUUCUAGUU